AUGCCCUGCCAGAGAAGGCUGGAUGGGCACAAGAAUCUGGGAGGGGACACGGCCAGGGCAGGUGACCCAAACUGGCCAGAGGGAUAUUCCACAGUAUAUGGCAUCACAUUCACCAUAGAAACUGGGACCACUGCUGCUUGGGAACUGGCAGUAGCAGAUGAUGCCAAAGCCAUUCUGGAUGGACUGCAGAGGACCACAAUUGAUGUGGUCGUGGUGAUGAUCAUGGACAUUCACAGAGUCCCCUGUGGGUACACAAGUGUGUGCAAAGGUGUGGGGGAAGAUGUUCUAGGGUUGGGAAAAUCACGGAAGGGCAAAUACAGUAUGGUCACGAAAAGAUCAAACAGCUGUGAGAGCAGGUUGCCUGUUGAACUUGUGAAUACUUGGAUUAUCACUUGCUUUUGUCUUCAACUACUCCUACUUAAUCCUCUUGUCAAAGCCAAGAGUUCCUGCGGGAAUCCAGUCACAGAUGAUGUGAAUGACAUUGCAAAAUUGGUUGGAAAUCUCCCAAAUGAUUAUAUGAUAACCCUUAAAUAUGUCCCGAAGAUGGAUAGUCUGCCUAAUCACUGUUGGUUGCAUUUGAUGGUGCCUGAAUUUUCAAAGAGUCUACAUAAUCUUCUCCAGAAAUUUUCAGAUAUUCCAGAUAUGUCAGAUGUUUUAAGCAACUAUUCAAUCAUCGAUAAUCUCACAAGGAUAAUUAAUGAUCUUUUGGCAUGCCUUGCUUUUGAUAAAAACAAGGAUAUUGUAAAAGAAAAUGGCCACCUUUAUGAAGAAGGUCACUUCAUUCCUGAGGAUUUUUUUAGGCACUUUAAUAGUACCAUUGAGGUCUACAAAGAGUCUGCAGACAGAUUGGAUAAAAAUGACUGCAUUCUGCCUUCAACAGUAGGAACACCAGAGAAUGAUUCCAGAGUCGCUGUCACAAAAACAUUUUUGUUUCCUCCCGUUGCUGCCAGCUCUCUUAGGAAUGACAGCAUUGGCAGUAGCACUAGCAGUAACAAAGAAGCACUUGGCUUCAUUAGCAGCUCCAGCCUGCAAGGGAUCAGCAUAGCACUGACAUCAUUGCUGUCUCUCCUUAUUGGCUUUAUUUUGGGAGCCAUAUACUGGAAGAAAAUACAUCCCAAAUCCAGACCAGAAAGUGAUGAAACGACACAGUGUCAUGACUAUCAAGAGGAAAAUGAGAUAAGUAUGUUGCAGCAAAAAGAAAAGGAACAUCUACAAGUGUAGCUGUUGCUUUUUCUCCCUCAACACUGUUACUGUUUCGUGUACUGGCAGGUAACAGUUCCAUGUUCGCUUCAUAAAUGAAGCAGCUUUAAGCACAUUCGUAUUCCUUCUGGAGUGACAGACUGAGUCUGCAUCUGUUGUUGCUGCCCAUGACUCCAUAGACAUGAUACAGAAAUGAGGACAAUUAUGUUUGUUACUGUGAAACCAACACUGAAUUGAACAAUGGCAAGAAGAGGGUGCACUUAGCAGGACUGUAUCUUACGUGAAUAUCUACCUUGUGUGACAUUUGAGGUUUUUUAAUUGCAUUAAUACUUUCAGCUGACUCUGGCAAACAAAGUAUGUCCUGAACAAAAAAGCAUCUUUCA